UGAAAAUGUAGCAGACUGCUUCAAUGCAAACAUGGCUGCCUCCAUCGGUAGCACAUUCGUGAGAAACCUUCGGAAAUUUCGUUUCAGAAUCAGCUGUGCACGAGUAGCAUCGUGCAGAAGUUCGUGCUGCACCACAGAGACGGCUGAACGACGGCCAACAUGCGUGAUCUGCGGGCACAGGACGUUUUCAACAUCUCGGGUACUGCUCGCGAAAAAGAUCAUGAAACCAUUUGUUCCAUCCAAAACAAAGCCGAAGAAUCCUGUUGUACAGAUAUGGAAGAACAUCACUGUUGCCGAACUGGCCAAUGUGACGAACCGACCAAAAGAUGACAUCUACGAAGCAAUGUUGUAUGUUGAAAACACCGAACAGUACGACCAAGAUGAUUGCAGCAUUGAAGACACCGACACCAUUUUUAAAAUCCUCAAACGGCUUGGAUUUCGAGGAGAAGUUCGUGCUCCACCGGAGCAACCAAAAAGCGAGAAAAAAGGCAUAGAAGAUGCAGUUAGGAGGCCGCCUCCCGAUCCGAAGAAUAUGGUGAAGCGUCCUCCAGUAAUCACCAUCAUGGGGCACGUGGAUCACGGAAAAACCACUCUUCUCGACUCGUUGAGGCACACAAAUGUCGUGGACCAGGAAUUUGGCGGCAUCACGCAGCACAUAGGCGCAUUCACCGUAACACUGCCUAAUAAGGAAAAGAUAACAUUCUUGGACACUCCUGGACAUGCUGCGUUCUCUACGAUGCGAGCGCGUGGUGCACAUGCUACGGACAUUGUCGUCCUUGUUGUUGCAGCAGACGACGGCGUCAUGGAGCAGACCGUAGAGUCGAUCAAAUAUGCGCACGAUGCUAAUGUGCCAAUUAUUGUUGCAAUAAACAAAUGUGACAAGCCCGCCGCUGACAUUGAGAAUGCAAAAAGAGGGCUUUUAGUGCACGGUAUUCAAAUGGACGAUGAAGGCGGUGAUGUCCAGUAUGUCUGCAUCUCAGCUCUCAAGGGAACAAACCUCGACAAACUGACAGAAACUAUUAUGACACAAGCGGAACUGAUGGACGUCAAAGGUGAUCCAAAAGGCCUCGUGGAAGGAGUCGUGCUCGAGUCCACAACAGAUAAGCAUAGAGGGAAGUUAUCAACAGCUUUGAUACAACGAGGAACACUGCGAAAGGGGUCCUAUAUUGUAGCAGGAGAAGCAUGGGCAAAGGUACGUGCCAUGUUUGAUGAGUGGGGCAAGCCUAUUCAGAGUGCUCCUCCUGGUACCCCUGCUCAAGUGAUUGGCUGGAGAAGCUUGCCUUCGGCAGGAGACGAUAUCAUCGAAGUUGAGUCCGAGAAGCGUGCGCGUGAAGUUGUCGAGCUGCGUGAGACACGGCGACAGGAGCAAAAGGAAGAGGCAGACAGCGUUGCCAUUCAGAAGAAAUUAGAGGAUCACCUUGCCAAGUACAGGGCAGAGUUGCAAGACAGGCGAAGUAGAGGCAUACGACGGAAACGACGCCGAACAACAAACCGCGAAAAGGAAUACCAGGUCGACGAUUCUCCUCAUCUGUCGAUCGUCAUCAAAGGUGACGUCGAUGGAUCCGUUGAAGCUGUCCUGGACAUUCUCGACACCUACCACUCGCAUCAGAACUGCCGCCUAGACCUGAUCCAUUACGGCGUUGGACCAGUUACAGAGUCCGAUGUCGAACUUGCACAGCCGUUCGACGGCAUCAUAUAUGCGUUUCACGUACCCGUGCUUGACAACGCCGUGCAGUUGGCGAGGGAAAACAGCAUUGCGAUACGUGAUUUCAGGGUCAUCUACCAUCUUAUCGACGACAUAAAAGAAGAACUCGGCAGGCGGUUACCGCAUGUUCCCAAAGAAGAAGUAAUAGGUGAAGCUGUGGUGAUACAAGAAUUCGUCGUCAACGACGGCAGGAAGAAACUGCCCGUUGCCGGUUGUCGCUGUAUAAAAGGAAUUCUAAAGAAGGAUGCACUAUUUAAGGUCGUAAGAGAUGAAACUACACUGCAUUCAGGACCACUUUCUUCAAUGAGGCACCUUAAGAACGAAGUGGAGUCCAUCAGGAAAGACGUAGAGUGUGGGCUCAUGCUGGCUGAUCCAAAUAUCCGUUUUCAACAAGGGGACUCUCUCAUCUGCUACUCUGUGCACCAAGUACCACAGGAAACGGACUGGGACCCUGGAUUUUAGUCGGCUAUUCCGCCCCAAUGUACACAUGUAAAAUAGUUUUUUGCUAAUCAUAAAAUGAAAUGCAGAAAUAGA